AUGUCGAAUCUAUAUCUUUGUCCUGAUGAUUUUUGGCGUUGUCCAAUUGAUCUUAAUCAUCAAGUACUUGCUAAACGAUUUCAAUAUCAUAUUCGACGAUGUAUGAUUGCUAAUCCUCAUAUUCGUCGUGUUCGAUGUGUUUUUAAUGCUAAUCAUUUAACAACACCGAAUGAUUUACUCAUUCAUAUGUCAACAUGUCCUGAUGCAAUUAAUAGAAGCACUGUACUUAUUGGUCUUUCUGAUAUUCCACCAGGUCGACCUUGGAUUGAUAAUUGUAAUCGAUCAUCUGUACCAACUGAUUGGCAAAUGUUUCACGAUGUAAAUGCUACUGAAGAUUGGGAUGAUGAUAUUCGUGAACGACGUGCAAAAAGUGUCGAAAACAAAAUGCCAACAUUAUUAUCAUCAUCACCAUUGAUUAAUCAACCUUUAAAUGAAAAACAACAAAAAGAUGUUGAACAUUAUAUAUAUAAUAUUGAAGAUAUAAAUCAGAAAACAAUAAUAAAUAAUUAUACACCUGUAACUGUUAUUAAACAAGCACAUGUUUUUAAAGAAUAUGAUAAUGAUGGUUUAAUUCAUCCUGUCGAAACUGAUGAAAUUACCAAAAAUUUAAUGAAAAUUCGAACAUUACAACUUAUUGGAGGUGCUGGUCGUGGUACCUGUUGUUUAUUACUAGUUGUCAUUCAAUUGGAUUAUAUUGGAGCUAAAAUUUGUUAUCAAUGUGACGAUAUAAAUCCAUCAAGUAAAUUAAAAUUUUAUGGUGAAAAAAUUACAAGAUGUACUGGUGUACCAUUUGAAAAAUAUGCUUCAAAAACUUCAAAAGCAUUUGGUGCUAAUGUUUUAACAUGUUUUACGCGAUUCAAUGCAUCUGGUCAUGUUAUUAAACGAGGCGCAUUUGGACUUGGUGAAACAUAUGAUAAAAAUUUUAAAUGUCGAGAUCGUUUUCAUAUAUGUUGCAGAAAAGCUUUUUGUAAUAAACAUACUCAAUCACCUUGUCCACCACCAGAAAAAAUAACAUCAAAGAAAGCAGUAAAAGCAUGUUAUCAAUGUAAAGGUUCUGAAGCAUGUAAAGCAGAAAAACUUGAAGGAUCUGAAAUUCGUACAUCAGGUGCUUGGGGUGGUAAAAAUUUAUAUUGUUAUACAAAAUUUGAUCCAAAAACAGGUGUUGCUGUUGCUCGUGGUGGUUUUGGUUUUGGUGAAGCAAUUGAUAAAAAUCUUAAAUGCGAUGCUAAACAUUAUCUAUGUUGCUAUGAAAAUUUGUGCAAUAAACAAACAACUGGUUAUUGUGCUAAACCAAAAUAA